AGUGUCACCGGUUUCCGCUCUCUUUUCGUUGAGGCUCAGCUAGCGGCCGGCCUGCAAACAUGCAGAUCUUCGUAAAGACGCUGACGGGGAAAACCAUCACCCUUGAAGUUGAGCCCAGUGACACUAUUGAAAAUGUAAAGGCAAAGAUCCAGGACAAGGAAGGAAUUCCCCCUGAUCAGCAGCGUUUGAUCUUUGCUGGGAAACAGCUGGAGGAUGGCCGCACACUGUCCGACUACAACAUCCAGAAAGAGUCUACGCUCCAUCUGGUUCUUCGUCUCCGUGGUGGCAUCAUUGAGCCCUCACUCAGGCAGCUGGCCCAGAAAUACAACUGCGACAAGAUGAUCUGCCGCAAGUGCUAUGCCCGUCUGCACCCCCGUGCUGUCAACUGCCGCAAGAAGAAGUGCGGACACACCAACAACCUUCGCCCCAAGAAGAAGCUGAAGUAAACAUUUACAACUGAUUUGGCACACUGCUAUUGUGUUAAAAUAAAUGUAGAAAAAAAAGU